CUUUCCAACAACCGCGGAAAGCGUUAGCGCGUAACGAUCACACUUUUCACCCGCUCGAAAUUUCGCGAGUUUUCCUCCUCGAUUUUUCCGGGAAUAUCAGUCAGGAUGUCGGGAAGGCGCUCUAACCUGUUCCUGUUGGUACUGUUGGUAGCGGGUUUCGGCGCUGUUUUUUGCGGUAGUUGCCGCGAGUCGAAACUUUGCUGUCCGGGCCGCGACAGUUCUUGCGUGGUGCAGAAGGCGCCUCUGAACUCGAUUCUGGAGGAUUUGAGUGAUAAACCAUGUUACUGUGAUCAUGCCUGUUUGAAGCUGGGGGAUUGUUGCCACGAUUUCAAGGAAGCUUGCGGAGUGGUGGAUUGUCAGGUAACAGGAUGGGGUCCAUGGUCUGCCUGUGACGUUGAUUGCGGUGCUGGUACCAUGUCCAGGAAGAGAUCUGUCAAAGUUCAACCUGAGAAUGGCGGAAAACAUUGCCCUAGUCUGGAUCAGAGAAGGGGAUGUCAGGUAUCAACAUGCCAUCAUCAUCCAGAUCCUGCAAUAAAAGAGAUAGCCAUGUUACUACCUGGUACACUAUCGCAUAGUAGAGUCGCCAACGCCACGUCGGAUAUAAGGAAAAACUUGAGGCUCAGAGAUCCAGAAAGAUAUCCUCAGUAUGAUCCAGAGAAGACAUACUGCUUGAGCUUCGAAGUAUUGAAAGCCUCCAAAGCGUGUAGGAAAGAAGCCAAUUUUCAAGCAUUGAAAGAAGGUGAACAUGUAUGUGUCAGAUGCGAAUCAGAAGCUCUUCACGAGAGUCUUGGAUGGAGAUGUCAGGGACAUGGAGUUAAAGGUCGUAUCACACGCUGGUCAGCCUUAUCAGCUCCGCAUUGUCACGGAAAAUGGCUGAGAUCUGUCAAAGAGACAAGCGAAGAUUGCUCAGUAGAACAGUGUUCAUCGGAGAAGGCUUUUAUUUUUGUUUGAAGUAAUAAAUAAAUAUACGUAAGGGGAACCAACAAGAUUACUAGACACAAAAAUGAACUUCGUGAGGUUAUAAACAGUGGUUCGAUGUCGAAGUCUUCUGCAAGACAGGGAGAAAAAAUCUUAUAAAAAUUGCUUUCACGAUUUUCCUGAAGCUCUUUCAUUGAAUAAUAAUUUCACAAAGAAGCGUACUGCAGGAGAUAAAAAUUAAUCAAAUUACAACAUUCAACCUUUAUUCUCAAACUGUCAUUAUAAGAAAGGUCUAUUUAUAUUUGAAAAUAAAUCCAGAACGAUCUAGUAAUCUUGAACAGUUAUUAUGUGUGUAUAUCCGUGAUGAUCAUUUUUAUACCUAUCUCUCUGUUGUUAACCUUUGUGUUCAUAUUAACCAAUAAGAGUUUUUUAUACCUUUUCCUAAUAUGUAUUUGCAUUUAAUUUUUUAUAUCUAA